AUGCUGGAUCUGAUCCUGUUACUAUUGUCCGUUCCCACUGUGCAGUAUAUCCGCGAAUCGAGCGUCUAUUACACCUCAACGCCACAUUUCCCCGGACAAGGCCUCGAACAGGCACGAUGGACGCAGAACAAGUGGAAAGACUAUGGCAUUUCUGACUCUCAAAUUAUCUCCUACGAUGUGCAACUACCAGCUCCAACUGAGCACCAACGCCUGGCCCUGAUUCGAGGCUCGGAAGUGCUCUAUGAGGCGCCAUUGAAUGACAGUGAGUAUGGAUUUUACCCUGCGUUCUACAGCUUUGUCACCAAUGCGACCAUUUCUGCACCCUACAUUUUCGCCAAUUUUGGUGCAGACGACGAUUACGAGGACCUCGUGAAGAAUAAUGUCAGUCUCGAGGGCAAAAUUGCUGUGUUGAAGUCAGCCGACGCAUCGUCCUAUCUGCAAUCACUCCAUCUGGAGAUGUCCCGGGAGGUGCAGAUCAAAAAUGCCCAGAACAGAGGCCUUCUCGGCGUGGUCAUGUAUCCUGAUCCUCAGAAUGACGAGCCCAUCAACGAAGGCAAUGGCUACCGACCGUAUCCUGGUGGUCCGGCACGACCGCCACAGAUGAUUGAGAGAGGGGGUAUAGGUCCAUGGGAUUCGUACCAAGCCGGCCUGGUGCCCACUAUUCCCUGUAUGCCAAUAUCUUAUGCCGAUGCCAUCCCCAUUCUCACCGCAUUAAAUGAUCGUGGUCCGUCAGCUUCUGGACUGAAUAGCCGAUGGCAGGGCGGAGGACUCGCAAUCCAUGGUGUCAACUACAAUGUGGGGCCAUCGCCUCCCUCAAUCUCUCUCCAUCUUCGCACCGAGGCAUUCCUCCACCCUGGUCAAGUGCACAAUGUGAUCGGCAAGAUACCUGGCGACUCCCAUGAAACGAUUAUCCUCGGUAAUCAUCGGGAUGCGUGGGGGCCCGGUGCAGGCGAUCCUAACAGUGGAUCAGCAGCAUUGAACGAGGUUGUCCGAAGCUUUGGACUAGCACUCCGCCAUGGCUGGCGACCUCGUCGCACCAUUGUUUUCGCCAGUUGGGAGGGUGAAGAGAUAGGGCAAAUCGGAUCCUUUCCCUGGAUCAAGGAGCAUCUUGAGUGGUUGCAUGCUAGUACCGUUGCUUAUUUGAAUGUCGUCGUGGCCGGGGCGGGGCGGAAGUUCCAUGUCAAAGCUAGUCCCUUGCUAUAUAAAACAGUGCUGAAUGCGAUGCAGCAUAUUCAGUCACCGAACCAGACGGUGGACGGUCAGUCAGUGUUCGACAUUUGGAGCGAGACUGGGACAGGAAUCAUAGGCACCCCGGGCGGGGGUGAUGCCAUUCGGUUUCAAGGCCUGGUAUGUGCCUCGACUGUCGACUUUGGAUUCUCUCAAGGCUUGGGUGAUAAUGUCUUCCCUUAUCACUCCGGAUUUGACACCUUCCAGUGGAUGGACCGGUUUGGGGAUCCCGGUUGGGCAUAUCAUCUAACUAGCACUAAACUCUGGUCGCUCAUGGCGGCACAACUAUCCGAAUCGCCCAUUCUGGACAUGAAGGCUACUGAUUACGCGGUGGCCUUGGACAAAUGGGUAAACGAUCUUUUCAUGAAUCAGCCAUGGUCCGAGCACUGUGAGCCCGAGCCAUUUUACAAUGCAGUAGCCCGCCUCGCUCAAGCUGCGAAAAGAUUUGACCACGAGGUGGCGUCGUUGACACAGCAGCCACGUCCUUGGCGGAAUCCUUGGAUUGACCACAAGUUGAAGAGGGCGAUCAAAGCGGCCAACCAGCGGUACAUUCGACUGGAAAGGGCUUUUUAUCAUGAAUCCGGAGUCGACGACCGACCCUCGUUCCACCAUGUACUGUAUGCAGCAGCCCCGUGGCACACAGAGAAACCACCCUUGCCUGGACUACGACAGAGUUUAGAAGCGGGCCUCUGGACUAAUGCAGUGAAAUGGCGAGACAUUGUGACCGACAAAAUCAUCGAUGCUGCAAUUUUGCUGGAGGGAUAUGAAGGAUUGUAG